AUGGCUCCGAAGCGCUUCUAUCCCUACACCCUGCCUGCUCUCUCCAACAGCAGCAGCAGUAGCACAGCCUUCAACAGCUCCGCGCAGCUUUCCCCACUAAGCAACAGCACCUACAACCACACAGGCUUCCAGCCGCCCUACCGUCCCAACUGGAACACGACGGCAUGGCCCCUCAACCAUUCAAGCAUCGUAGACUCUGACCACUCCCACAGCGCGGCAUACACGCCCUCUCAGUCUCUUCUCCGCCGUGCCAACGACUCCUUAACCGGCAAGAACGGCGACUGGAUCGGCAGCCUCGCGGUGAUCAUUCCCGCCGCCAUCAUCGGCUCCUUGCUCUUAGGCGCCCUUAUCUGCCUCCUGUGCGCCAACACGCGGGGAACGUCACUCUCGGCCUGCUUGUGCGGCCGUCGCGCUAGGAAGAACCGCCGCUACGAGGACAUCGAGAUGGCUGCUGUGGACAAGCAACCCAGCAGCGAACCGCAACCCGCUCCCCGCAGGCACUCGCCCCCCACAGGCAUCCGCCUGACUAUCGAGCGCGAGGAGCCGCAGCCGCAGCCGCAGCCGCACAUAUCUGCGGCAGACAAAUCCACGAUGCAAACGCAGACGCAGGCGCAGAAGCAGUCACAGUCGACGUACUGGCGCCGCCUCACCCCGCUACAGCACCCCACGGCCCCUACCGCCGCGCACAUCCCGCACAAGCCGGCCGCGAACCUGCACGACCCUGCGCACGAGCAGGAGCCGGAGCAGCAUCUUACGAGCCUGCGCCGUUUCUCCGUCGACCGGUAUUUUGCGCCGGCGGACAGCUUCGAGGUCGGCAGCGAGGGCUCGAGCGAGGGCUCGGGCGAGUUUGUCGAUGUCCCGCUGGAUGGGCCGCUGGAUGGGGAUUAUGCUCCUCAUAAGGCGCUGGCUUCUCCUCCUACCCCUCCGCGUGAUUGCCCUCUCACUCCUACCCCUCCUCCGCGUGAGGUUGAGGAGGUCGUUAUUGUGCAGAGGCCCGGGAAGCUGCCGAUUCGGACGCGUGUGUUGCGCGAGAACUGA